AUGUUUCUCACUACCCUCGCCGGAGUUUUCUUCCUCUACGUUCUCCGGUGUCUGAUCUCUCAGCGCCGCCGUGGAUCCUCGAAUCUCCCACUCCCACCGGGAACAAUGGGUUGGCCUUACGUCGGCGAGACUUUCCAACUUUAUUCUCAAGACCCAAAUGUCUUUUUCGCAUCCAAACAGAAAAGGUAUGGAUCGGUGUUUAAGAGCCAUAUACUGGGAUGUCCAUGUGUGAUGAUCUCGAGUCCUGAGGCUGCCAAAUUCGUGCUGGUGACGAAAUCUCAUCUCUUUAAACCGACUUUCCCGGCGAGUAAAGAGAGGAUGUUGGGGAAACAAGCCAUCUUCUUCCACCAAGGUGAUUAUCACGCUAAACUCAGAAAGCUCGUUCUUCGUGCUUUCAUGCCCGAAGCUAUCAGAGACAUGGUUCCCGAUAUCGAAUCCAUCGCCCGAGAUUCCCUCCGUAACUGGGAUGGAACCACAAUCAACACUUACCAAGAAAUGAAAACAUACACCUUCAACGUCGCGCUGCUAUCGAUCUUCGGAAAAGACGAGGUUCUAUACAGAGAAGAUCUAAAACGAUGUUACUACAUUCUCGAGAAAGGCUACAACUCGAUGCCGAUAAACCUCCCUGGAACACUCUUCCACAAAGCCAUGAAAGCACGCAGAGAGCUCUCGCAGAUCCUCGCUAUAAUCUUAUCAGAGCGAAGACAGAACGGCUCCUCGCACAACGAUCUCCUCGGAUCGUUCAUGGGAGACAAAGAAGAGCUCACCGACGAACAGAUCGCCGAUAACAUAAUCGGGGUUAUCUUCGCCGCUAGAGACACGACGGCGAGUGUGAUGACGUGGAUCCUCAAGUACUUAGCUGAGAAUCCCAACGUUCUAGAAGCCGUUACUGAAGAGCAAAUGGCAAUAAGGAAAGGCAAAAAAGAAGGAGAAUCUUUGAGUUGGGGAGAUACAAAGAAGAUGCCAAUAACUUCAAGAGUCAUUCAAGAAACAUUAAGAGUCGCUUCAAUCUUAUCUUUCACCUUCAGAGAAGCUGUCGAAGAUGUCGAAUACGAAGGAUACUUGAUACCUAAAGGAUGGAAAGUUUUGCCGCUUUUCAGAAACAUUCAUCACAACGCUGAUAUUUUCUCAAAUCCGGGGAAGUUUGAUCCAUCAAGAUUUGAGGUGGCGCCAAAACCCAAUACUUUCAUGCCAUUUGGCAAUGGGACCCAUUCGUGUCCUGGAAAUGAAUUAGCUAAGCUUGAGAUGUCUAUUAUGAUUCAUCAUCUGACCACCAAGUACAGAUGGUCGAUUGUUGGAGCUAGUGACGGUAUUCAGUAUGGGCCAUUCGCGCUUCCCCAAAACGGACUGCCCAUUUUGCUGGCCCGGAAGUCGGAGAUCGAUAUGUAG